AUGCAACGCUCUUCGUCUGCAGUAGAUUUUACUGCCAUCCUCAACCCUUCUCCUUCGUCCUCGGACUCUCCCUCAUCUUCCCACCCUUCGCACGAGUCCAUUUCGCCGCCGACGACGACGACCCUUCUGCCCAACAACACCUCCGUCACGACGCAACCUGAAGGCAACAUGGCAGCCGCUGUCAGCCUGAUGCCGACGACGGCCAUGGGUGCUCAGGCUCCCAGCACAGAAGAAAGGCAGGACCUCCCUCGACCCUACAAAUGCCCUCUUUGCGACAGGGCUUUCCACCGUCUGGAGCAUCAAACCCGACAUAUCCGUACGCACACCGGAGAGAAGCCUCACGCCUGUCAGUUUCCUGGUUGUAGCAAGCGCUUUAGUCGAUCCGAUGAAUUGACUCGCCACUCGCGCAUUCACAACAACCCCAACUCGCGAAGAAACCAAAAGACUCAUCAAGUUGCUGCCGCCGCCGCUCUCGCCGGUCUUCAGGAUGGCUCGAACCAUCAGGCCUUUGCUUCGCAAGCUCAGAUGAUGCCGCCGCCCAGCAAGAGCCAUUUGCCCCGCUCAGCCCCUACUUCAGCCGUCGGCUCCCCCAACGUCUCACCACCUCAUUCUUUUGCGGUCCAGGUCUCCCACGGGGGCCCUCAGAUGCCGUCUCAGCUUGGACUGUUUAACCGCCCCGACGACAGAAACUCGAUGGACAUCAAUCUCCUUGCGACCGCCGCGUCUCAAGUCGAGCGAGACGACCACGUUACUAGAGUCCCCUACCAACACCAACACCACUUGUUCAGUCAUCGCUCCCACAACACCAAUGGACGAUUGCCAUCACUCUCAGCCUACGCCAUCUCACACUCCAUGUCGAGAUCUCAUUCCCAAGAAAACCAUGAUGACGAUCACCGAGUGAAGAGAUCCAGGCCAAAUUCGCCACAUUCAACAGCUCCCUCGUCUCCGACCUUCUCUCACGAGUCGAUAUCGCCCACUCCUGACCAUACGCCGCUUGCUACCCCAGGACACUCUCCACGUCUUCGACCUCACGGCAGUGACCUACAGCUUCCAGGUCUCCGUCAUCUCUCGCUUGGGCAUACUCCUCUCCUGGCUCCAAUGGAGCCCCAAGCUGAUGGAUCUUACUCUCACAUUCCGCCGCCACAGCACUCGGGCCCUUCGAUAGCAGACAUUGUCACCGGAGCGCAACGGAAACUGCCCGUCCCCCAACUUCCCAAGAUUGGAGUCUCCGAGAUGUUGCAUCUACCGGGCGGAUUAAGUUCAGGAGAAUCUAGCACGGCUGCCUCAAUCAAUGGCGAUUUUGCAAGAUGA